UCUUCCAGAUCUGUUAGACAGACUGAACUUUAAUAUUUUACUAGCAAACUUUAAUUCUGAUGUAUGUGGUCCAAAACUGGAUUAUAAUGAAUCCUUGUAUGAGGGCCUAUGUCGGGAAACCACCCCACAAACCCCGGAAAAAGGAAAGAUGACCGAAUAAGAACAUAUAAGUUGAUUACUCAGUGGUAUCAACAAGUCCAGAUACAAUGACAACCCUCACUGCUGUAAAACAAGAAAAGACAGGCCUGUGGGCCUCUAUGUUUCCAAAUGAUCAAGUGAGUGAGCAACAAUCUGCAUUAUUUGUCAAAAAAUUGCUUGCAAUCGCUGUUUCAAACAUUGUCUAUUUAAGAGCCAUGUUUCCAGAACAAGCAUUUGGAGAUAGAUGCCUUGAGGAAUUAAAUUUAAAGAUUCUCCGAGAAGAUACCUCCUGUCCUGGUGCCUGCCAAGUUAUAAAAUGGAUGAAAGCAUGUUUUGAUGCUGUUGAUAAAAAAUAUCUUGAACAACUAAUAAUUGGUAUCUACAUGGAUCCAAAAGAUUUAAGUAGUAUCAUUGAAUCUUAUACAUUCAAGUUUUCUUACAUGAAUAGCGGAAUUGAUAUAUAUAGAAACAAUACCAAAGUUUCAAGUGCCUAUCAUGCAAAUGAAACAAAGAAAGCCACUAUCCAGCUAUUGAGAACAAUUAUAGUUCUUACACAGACUUUAAAACCCCUCCCAGAUGAAGCUUUAAUGACAAUAAAGUUAUUUUAUUAUGAUGAAGUUACACCAGCUGAUUAUGAACCUCCAGGGUUUAAAGCAACAGAUUUAAAUAGUUUUCACUUUCAAGAACCUAUGAAUAUUAAAAUGGGAAAUGUGUCCACACCAUUCCAUUUAAUUAAACUAAGAAUUAAAACCAAUAAAGAACAGUUUGGAGAAAAAGAUAGCAUGGAAACUACUUUAAGAAAAAGCUACGUUUCUACAAAUUCAGAAAAGCACAUAAAUAGAAGUGAUACACAGGAAGCAAAAUUUCACAUUGAUCCUACAUAUCUUGAAACUGAUUCCAAUAGUCCAUUGGGUGCUUCUGUUAAGCCUCUCCAAAUUGCAGCCAAUAAAAAUAUUCAGGUUAAGAACUGUCCAUGUGGUUAUAAUCAGGAGGAUGGUUUGAUGAUACAUUGUGACAUCUGUAAAUAUUGGCAACAUGCGGUAUGCUUCAAGAUAUUAUCUAAGAAUGAGAUUCCUAAAUUUCAUGUCUGUGAAUCUUGUGCAAAGCCAGGAUUUGAGGGAAAGAAUCCAACAGAUUCAAGUUUGAUGAAAUUAUCUCCAACAAGUUUACAGACUACAUGUAUGUGGCGAAGGGUACUUUUAUUAUGUACUGAAGAAAGUAAGAUAACACUUCAUGGAUUUACAAAGAAAUUAGGGUUGGAAAAUACUGUGGCUCAUGGCUUAUUUCAUAGAUUAGAAAGUGAAGGAUUUAUUAAAAAAUCUGCAAAUGGAAAAUUAAAACGAUCAACCAAGAUAAUAGAUCCAAAGAAAUUAGCUGCAGGCUUGCAAAAAUACUUCAGUAAGGAAAAUAUGAAGGAAGACGAAAACUGCUAUAAUAAUGUUGAUACUUUGUCCCAAAACACCAAAGAUUUAUCUUUAUCAGAAAAGCACCCAAAAAUGAAAUCACAAUUUGAGAAGAAAAGUAACCUCUCUACGAUUAAUCCAACUUUCAAGACAGAACCUGUUACAAGAAGAAAACGUACUUUGGCUACAUCAUCUUCAGCUGAUGAAAUGAAAUUAGAAACUAAGGAAAAGAAUGAUGAUCCAGUACCAAAAUGGAAAAAAGCAAGCUUAGCUGUUAAAUCUAUCAUUGUGUAAUUUGUUGAGCAUUGUAUAUUAUUAUUGUUGUUGUUGCUGUUGUAGUAGGCCAAUGAGCUGGAAGAAUCACUGGAAUGUCAGAAAAAAUGCAUUCCAAGAUCUCUUUUGGUACUUUACAUUAUGAAUUCAUAUCCUACCUUUCAGAACUGAUAAAAUAAAGUACUAGAGUUAACAUAAUUGAUUCAAAACUGUUGGACUUCUACCUAAAUUAUAAAUAAGUAUUAUUGCUAUCAUCAACAUUAUUUGCAUUUUCUUAAUAUGGAAUUUUCCUCUUCUGUUGCAGUUUUUUAUGUUUAUAUUCAUAUUCUCUUAUUGUACCAGUUAUUUGAGUUUUA